AUGAAUGAAGAAGUAAAUUAUAAUGAUAAUUUUAUAUUUAGCAAUGAAUGGAAUGAGUUAAAUUCAAAAUCUCUUGAAAAAAUUAAGUUAAAUCGAAAUGAUGAGUAUAUGAAAGAUAUGAAUAAUAUGGAUUUUUUUUUUGAUAAUUUUGAAAAUAGUAAUGAUAAUAAUAAAAAAAGACAUAAUGAAUAUAAUAUGAUGAUUGAUAAAAAAGAAAUGACAAUAAAUAAAAAUGAGGACAUUGAUUUUAGCGAAUUGAACGAUUCUUUAUGGAUAGAUAGUAAUAUAAAUAAUAAUAUAAAAAGUAACAAUAAUAAUAAUAUAUGUAACAAUAUAAAUAGAUCCAAACAAAAAUUGGAUCAUAUUAAAUACUAUAUUGAUGAUCCUGUUGAUAUAAUAAUAAAAGGUGAUAAUCAAUAUGGUGACACUCAAAAUGUUUCUAAAAAAAAAAAAAUGGAUAAAAUGAAUUCAUUAUUUGAUUUAUGGGAAACUAACAAUAAACAAAAUAAUAAAAAAUCUGUAAAUGAUAAUGAUAAUAUUAUUAUAUCUGAACAGAAUAAUUAUAAUGAAGAAAAAAAAACCAACAUUUAUAAUUAUAAUAAAAGGGACUCUAACAUUAGAAGUAGGGAAGAUAAGGAAAGCCAUCACAUAAACAAUAAUAAUAAUAAUAAUAAUAAUAAUUAUAUAAAUACUCAUAUUGAUAAGUCUUAUCAUACGGGCUCACCUAUAAAUAAAAAAAAAAUACCUCCAAUACAAAACAUUAACAUUAACAAUAAUAUUAAUAACAAUAAUAUUAAUAACAAUAAUAUUAAUAACAAUAAUAUUAAUAAUAAUAUUAAUAUUAAACAACGUAGCAGUAGUGAUUGUAUACAAAAUGAAUAUUUUAUAGACCAUAAUAAAAAUUACAGUAUGGAAGAGAUAUCUAGAAACCAUCAUAUUAACAGAGAAGAUCAUGUUGUAUCUCAAAAAAUGGAAGACGGAAAUCAUAUAGAUGAACACUACAACAAUAAAUACAUUAAAAAUAAUAUGAAGGAAAAGAAAAAUAAUACAGAAAUUAAUAAAAGAGAAAGUAAUAGUAGUGAUUAUUUUGAUAAAAUUAAUAUAAAAGAUAAAAAAAAAAGUAACAACAAUAAUAAUAUUAAUAGUAAUAAUAAUAGUAAUAAUAAUAAUAUUAUAAAUGUUAAACAAAGCAAUAUUUCUAAUAAAGAAUUGAAAAAAACUCAAAAGAAAAAAAUGAAAAGUACGGCACGUCAUAUUUUGUCACCAAGUAGUGUCUUAUCUCCAUCUAACGUUUUAUCAUCUAAUAGUAUAUUUAGUUCAAAUACAAUAUUGUCAUCAAAUAAUAUUAUGUCGAAUAAUAUCAUAUUAAAUAAUAAUAAUAAUAUUGCUAAAGAGGGGGAACGACACAGUUCCAAUAAUCCUUCGUGCAGUAAAGAAAAAAUUACACAUUCGAGGAAAUCCAAAAGUGUUUCUUCCAAAAAAAGUGUUCACAGUAGCAAUAGUUCUGUAGGAAGUUCAAUGGAUACAUUAAAUAAUUCAAUAAAACAAGAUCAUAAUAAUAAUAAUAAUAAUAAUAAUAAUAAAGUUAUAGAAAAAAAAAUAAAAUCAAAAGGAGAAGCACAAUAUGGACAGGAUGGACCAUAUAUACAGGAUGGAUCAUAUAUACAGGAUGGAUCAUAUAUACAGGAUGGACCAUAUGGACAGUCUGAACAUCAAAGUGAACUAAUAUGUGUAAAUCAAAAAAAAAACAAAAAAAAUGUUGUCAAAAAAAAUAAAACAUCCUGUAGUAGUGAUAGUCUCAAUCAUUCCUUAAACAAUAUAUCAGAUCACAUACAUGAUAAGAAAAACGACGUAUUAACGAGAAAAAAUAAUGCUCACAGUAAUAAUUUAGAGCAAAGAGGUAAAAAGGUUGCUAGCGACAAAAAAAUAUCUAAAGAAGAAAAAAAUCUCAUACCUUCAUCAUCCGAAUUAUGUACAUCAUCAGAUGAUGAAGAAAUUCUUGAAUCAAUUACUGAAAAUGAUGAAAGGAAAUUUUUUAAUGAAAUAAAAGAAUAUCUAAAUAAGAAAUGUAUAAAAAAUGAUGAUAUGGAUGAUGAGACUAUUCUUAUGGAAAAUAAUGUAUAUGGUGAUAAUUGUAUGAAUAAAAAAAUAAAAAGUGAUAAAAAGGAUUUAUUAAAUAUUUCUAAAGAUGAAUCUAGUUUAUCAAAAGACAUGUUGAAAGAAAAAAAAAAAAAAAAAAAAAAAAAAGGAAAUUUAUUAAGACAAGAUAGUGAAACAAAUUUAGAAGAGAAUAAUAUGGAUAUAUUAAUCCAUAGUGAUAAUAAUAUAAAUAAUAAAAGUUGCGAUGAUAAAAAAAAAAAUGAACAUAAUAAACAAAAUGACAGUGACAGCAUUAAUAAAAUUCAAUGUGAUGGUGAAGAUAAGAAAAAAAAUACAGUUACAUUAACACAAAGUAAUGAAGAUUUAAAUAAUUUGAAUAAAACUCAAGAAGACAAUAAUGAUGAAUUUAAUAAUAACAAAGAAUGUUUGGAAUCUUCAUUCAAAGAUGAUACAUUCCAAAAUAACGUUACAGAAGAUUGUCCAAAAAAAAAAAGUUUAGAAAAUAUUAUUAAACAAUUACCAACAGAUAAUAGUAAAAGGAAAGGUUCAAAUAAUGGAAUGAUGAACAUAUUAUUUGAAGGGGAGAAAAAAAAUGGCUCAUUAGAUGAACAUAAUGAUUUAAAAAAUGAAGAAGAUGAAAAUGAAAAAAAAUUAAAUGAUUACUUAAAUAAAUUGUUGAAAGAUAAUAAAAUAAAUGAGAUCAAAAUGGAAAAUAAGGAAAAAGAUCAAGAAGAAAAGAAAAAAAAUACUAAUACGAAUAAUGAAAGUUUUAUAGAAAAAUUAUAUAAUAAAGGUAAAAAUAUUUCACGUAUGUAUGAUGAAAAAUUUAAUUCGUCAAAUGAUAAAUCUGGAAGGGAAGGAAACGAAAAAAAUAAAAACAAUGUAGAGAAUGACAAAACUGUGGGAUACACUAAAAAUGUGUCAAAUGAUAAUCCCGUGGGACACACUAAAAAUUUGUCAAAUGAUAAUCCCGUGGGACACAUUAAAAAUGUGUCAAAUGACAAUCCCGUGGGACACAUUAAAAAUGAUGAGAAUGAACAAAGUGGUAUUUGCAAUAAGAAUGAAAAAAAUAACAUGCAACAAGUAAGUGAGAAUACUAAAAAUAAUUUUGUACAUAUGAAAGAAAAUAUAAUAUAUCUUACUGACGAAGAAGCUACAAGAAAUAUGUCUAUCAUUCAACAGAAAAGUCGUAAGUUUAAAGAAAUUUUUAUAUCCUUUAUUAAAAGAGAUGAUACAAAAAAAACAGAAGAUACAGAAAAAAAUGGAGAAAAUAAAAAGAACGCCAAAAAAGAUAAUCAAAAUAAUAAUAUUAUGAAUAAUAAUGAUAAAGAUAAAAAUUGGGAUUUAUAUAAGAAACAAGAAAAUGAAAAACAUUAUGCAGAUAUGUAUAGCUUAAAAAGAAAAUGUUAUGAUGAUGAUGAUGAAAAGUAUCGAAGAACAUUUUUUAUAAAAGAUAAAUCAAGUGAUGACAUUGCUCCAGGUAGUAAGGAAAAAAAAAAAAACAAAGAAAUGGAAUCCAAUAAAUAUGAAAAAAAUGAUAUUAAUCAAAAGAAUAAUAAAAAUGAUGAAACCCAUUUGAAUGAUAAUAAUAUGCUUAAUAAUAGUUAUAAUAUUUUAAAAAAAGAUUUAUCUUUUACUAAUGAUAUAGAAGGCAAAAUAGAUUCUUCCUAUGAAAUGACAAAGGAUAAUGUUAUGAAUGAUAAUAUAUCUGAAUCAACAAAUUCUGGAAAUAAGAAAAAACCAAACACAUUAUAUAAUAACUUUUUAGAAAGUUUAAAACAUGAAUCUUGUAAAGAAGUAGUUGAAAAAGUAAAAAAUUUUAUUUUAAAUUUCCCUAAUAAUUUAAGCAGAGAAAAAGCUGCAAAUAAUAUUCAUCAUUUUAUUAAUGAAACACAACCAAUAUUAUUAAGGUCAGAAAUAUAUAAAUCUUUAAAUAAAUAUCAAAUAAAUAUGAUAGUAGAAGGAUAUGAGAAAUUUAUUAUGCAAAAAUUAUAUUUUUAUUUAUAUCGUAUGGAUCCUAAUGAUAAAGAUGAUGAUGAAAAAAUUUAUACAAAGAUUAAUUGUUUGCAGUGGAUAGAAUUGAAGCAUUUAGAAAUAAUUGAAGAAAUUAAUUUCGAACGUUUAAAAAUUGCUCAACAAGAACUUUUGAGAAUACAAAAAAUGAAAGCACCUAAUGAUAAAUUAAUUAUGAUAUUAAAUUGUUGUCGUAUUGUUACUUCGGUGCUUUAUGCUGCAAAAAGGAAUAUAAAAAAGAAGAAAAAAAAAAAAAAAAGAGAAAAUGAAAAUAAAAAUGAAAAUGAAAAUGAAAAUAAAAAUAAUAAUAGUAAUAAAAGCAAUAAUGUGUUUGUUAUAAAUGACGAGGAUAUAUUAGAAGAGAAAGAUAAUAUUAAGAAAAAAAGUGCAGACAAUAAUCAAAAUCAUCAAAGUGAUAAUCAGAAUUAUGACAUGUCUAAUAAGAUGGACGAAUGUGUAAAAAAUUCACAUAAGUAUGAACAACAAGGUACUUUUAAAGAAUCUGAGGAAGACGUUGAUUAUAUGAAAAGUGGAUUGAAUAAUAGAGAAGAUACUUUUAAUAAUAAUUAUAAAAGUAAUUCAUUGCAAACUAUAACGGAGAAUGAUGAUGAAAAGGAUAAUUAUGUAAAUGAACAAAAUAAUUAUGAUAAUGAGCAUAAGCUGUUUGAUGGUGAUGGUAAUAAUGACGUUGAUGGUGAUGAUGACGUUGAUGAUGAUGAUGAUGAUGAUGAUGAAUUGCUACCUUGUGCUGAUGAAGUUCUUCCACUUCUUAUUUAUGUAAUUAUCAAAACAAAUCCCCCCGAAAUUAUUUCAAAUAUUAUAUAUAUUCAAAAUUUCCGUCAUCCUAGUCGUUUUAUUUCAGAAGAAGCAUAUUCGUUUACUCAAUUUUGUAGUGGUAUAGAAUUUAUUAAAGAGCUUGGUAAAACAACCUUUUUAAAUAUAUCUGAUGAUGAAUAUAAAGAAAAAGUAGCUAAUGCUGAAAAAUCAUAUUUAAAUGAAGUUAAGGAGAGUAAUAAAAAAUUACAAGAAGCUGCUGGAAAAUUAAAUGAUUUGAUAAAAUUAUCUAAUGAAAAAAAAUUUUGUAAUAAUAUAAUUAAUAAAAUAGAAACAUAUAAAUUCAAAUAUGAACAUGAAAAAAGUAUAGAUUCUUUAACAAUCUCUAAUCUUAAUUCACUUUUUGAAGAAUAUAAAAUUCUUGUGAAAUUAAAAAACGAUAUUUUAAAUGAUAUGCAAGAACAUCUUAACGAUAAUCUAAUACAACAAUGA